CUGGUGCUACAUCCUCUUAGAACAGUGCAAACUAAAAACCUUUUUUAAAAACCUGAAUUAUCAGCACUAACAAAUUAUAUUUGUGUUGGAGACACAUUCAAAUGACAAUAUUACAUGAUUAAAGAAUUACUCCUCCCUCAUGAAUAAAUCUUAUGUGUACCUCAGUACUUAGGCUUAGAGGUGUCUGAGAUAUUAUUGGUAAACAAUGAUGUCAAAGGCUUAGUGAUGAGGAGAUUUAACAGGUUAAUCAGCUGCACAACUAGCAGCAUAGACCACAGACAGGAACACCUAAUAUUUCAAAGGAGAUUUGGAUCCCACCAGCAGACCUUUGCCUCAUGUUAUAAUGAAUACGCUGGACGACAUUCCAUUUCAGACGGUACUGGGCCCACUGCAGGAGGGAGAACCACAAGUCACAUCUCCAGAAAUCUCCAUCCCUGACUGUGUUCAAAUACUACAAGAAACUCAGUAUGAAUUCAGUCUAGAGAAGUGGACAUUGAGUGGGCUUGAGCUGCCCAGAGUGCCCCCAUCCUGCCCUCCGUACUGGCUGCUGUUCAAUGGCUAUCUGAACAGCCACAGACUGAGCCUGUGGGCCCUCAGCCCACGGCCCCGAAGCUGCAGCUUGAACUCUGCAGACUCCUGGCAGCGGCGCCGCAACAUCAGCUUCCUCCUGUGUGACUCUGAUGAGGACAGCUACUACAACAGUGAGGUUCACUAUGAAGAGUCCCCAGGUCAAAUGAUGGAGCGGCCCCAAAGUGCAACCCCUCAAGUCAAAGAGCUGUGUGGGGGGUCUACCAGACCCUGUUCUCCACUGGGGCUCAAGGUCCAAAGAAACUGCCUGCCCUCCUUUCACAAGUGCAGACCAUCUUCAGCAGAGCGUAGGCCACAGCAGGCCAGUCCACUGUCUCAAAAGAACUCCAAGAAGCGCCGCAAGUCUCUGGGGAGUGGGAAGUACCCCCAAAAUCCAGCCCCAGUUGGUGAGAGAAGACAUCAGCAACAACGCCCUUCCUCUGCAGGGCCUAUGGUCAAACACCACAGACAAAAGGAUCUGAACCCUGAUCUCCACAGUGGGGCCUUUCUGGAUACUGCAGCAGAACUCCUGUCAGCUCUCAGCCAGGAGGAACAAGAGCUGCUCCAAAUCAUCACUCAGAGAGGUUACACUUUACGGAGAGCUGUCAUGGCCCUGCACAGGACAGGCUACAGAAGCCCAGAAAAGAUUCUGAAGUAUUUGGGUACCAGUGAGCGGCUGUGUCAGCUUGGUUAUGAUGAGGGACAAGUGGAGGAAGCCUUGGAGAUGUUUCAGAACUGUGAAAAUAAGGCUGCUGAAUUCCUGCAGCUGCUGACACAGUUUAAAGAAAUGGGAUUUCAACAGAGAGCUAUCAAAGAAGUACUGCUGGUUCAUGAAAACCACCGCGAGAAGGCUCUGGAAGAUCUCAUGACACAUAUGGGCUAAAUUAAAUUGACUAUGGUGCCCCUUAUCUGGCAGGCCUCUUUUUCCUAAAAUGUUUGAUUGAAAUUAGCUCAAAUUCAAAUGAAAUUCUUGUUGUUGUUAGAGAAAUUGUUGGAAUCUCUGUGAAUCUGAGGCUCUGUAGUUUUGGAUCCAGUUUUUAGUGAUAAGAAGCUAUGCAGAGGAAAAUCAUGGUUCAGAUUCCACCUAGAUCAUUUUUGGUAAGGAUAGGUUUAGCUGCUGUAUAUAUGAAUCAUCCAAUAGACAGUACAUUUAUUUCUUGGGUUUUGGCAAUUCCAAUGUCAAAGCUGAAGUAUAUCUUACCAAAAAAUUUAUUGUGGAUUUUUGGGUAGGUUAAAAUAAAAAGUCCAGGCAAAUUUCCUAUAAGUUUUGUGUGA